AUGGCUUUAUAUUUGAGUCAACAGCUGGUGCCGCCUCCAUGGUACCUUGUCUGCUGGUUGGAGCCCACAGAAACUCUACCUGUGAAGAUAGCAUUAAAUUAUCUAUGGUUUCAUGCUAGGAUUGUUGGUUACAUGUUUCUUCCAUUCCUUUUACAAGGAUGGCACAUUAGAGGAAUCUAUCUUUUCCCUGUUCUCACAUGUUUGUCCUGCCGCAGGGGUAGAUCUGAAUCAUGCAGUGGCUCAAGCUCCAAAGCAUGUAGGGAGAAGUUGCGCCGGGAUAGGCUAAAUGACAAGUUUAUGGAAUUGGGUUCAAUCCUAGAGCCUGGAAGGCCUCCUAAAACAGACAAGGCUGCCAUUUUGAUUGAUGCUGUCCGAAUAGUGACUCAGUUACGGGGUGAAGCUCAGAAGUUGAAGGAGGCAAAUUCAAGUCUUCAAGAAAAGAUUAAAGGGUUGAAGACUGAGAAGAAUGAGCUUCGUGAUGAGAAGCAGAGGCUGAAGGCAGAGAAGGAGAAGCUGGAGCAGCAACUUAAGACCAUGAAUUCUCAACCGAGCUUCUUGCCUGCUCCUGCAAUUCCUGCAGCAUUUGCUGCUCAAGGUCAAGCACCUGGUAACAAGUUGGUGCCUUUCAUUGGUUAUCCUGGCGUUGCUAUGUGGCAAUUCAUGCCACCUGCUGCAGUGGAUACCUCGCAGGAUCAUGUCCUUCGACCCCCAGUUGCUUAAGUUAGCAACAUAAUCUGAUUUGGGUGAAUUUUGGCCCAAGCAAGUGUAUUUGUUUUAUCAUUGUUGUUGACCUUAGUAGUUUUUUGCUUUUGCUGAACCUUUCUAACUGGAUUUGCUGGGUGACUGUAUUUUGAAUUUGUGUACUAUGGUAUUCGAAGAUGGGAUUUACAUGUAAAUUUCAAUAAGUAGAUCUCUUAGGUUGACCUAAAUUGGGAGUUUGCAGCUGCCUACUGCUCUCCCUCCUCCCCUGGCAGUGUCCUUGAAACAAAUAGGUUCGUGUUCUUGUGUGCCACCACUCAUUGUCUAUGUAUGCAGGGAAGUUUCAUAGUUUUCCAGUGGACUAAUAGUGUGUGUAGAGCUUUUAGUUUGUAACAUGGAAGUCAUGAGAUUUUGGAA